AUGCUGUUGAAGCAUGAGCCGUUUUUGACAACUAUCAUUCUUUUGAUCACCUCCCGCUAUAUGAUCUUACCUGCUCCGGGCGGCACGUCUCGAUCAUAUGCAAUUCAUGAUAUGCUCUGGCGGGAGGUUCGCGGUGGUUGUGAAGGCCUGAUGUGGGGUGGUGGGUGGGGCGGCCUUGGUACCACCCACGCUGGUGGCAGUAUGGGCGGUUUUGGCGGCAUGGGACCGGGUGGACCAGGUGGUACAAGUGCAACCAAAGGCCUCAGAACUUUGGGCACGGUGGAAGGGCUACUCAUUCUCACAGAAUGGCAUGUCCGGGGGCUUCAUUUCCCUAUGGAUGUUGAAGAGGGAUACUGGAUGGUCGAUGUCAGCGAUGACGAAGACGAGUAUGUGCACCCUGGGCGAGCCAAGAGGGCCAGGCCAAAGGGCGGAGUGGUCGAAGGCCUCGGUGACAGGAUUGAGAAUAUCUUGGAGCCCGCUUAUCGGAGUGAUCGCAUGAGUUGGAUGCUGCUCGGGAAUGCCCUUGCCCUGGCGUAUGAACUAGGUGUUUUUGACGAGAUUGACGAACCAGCAUCGCAAACACCCCUGCAUGCUGAGCUCGACGCAUCUCGUCUACGCUUCCAACGUAUUCAGAAGCUCCUUUUGGUGUAUGUUCUGCAACUUGCGUCUCGCCUUGGAUGGACGUCCAUGAUUCCGCGCCACAUCACACACCUAGUCCGCCACAAGUUGAACUCCCAGGCACCAUCUCCUGCGUCAGCUUCCGUCAAUUCUGCCCCCAAUAGCUCAUGGGACCCUCGUGGUUCCCGGAUGAGGUGGGAGAACGAAGACGAGCUCCAGGAUGUCGUAUUUCACACCUGGGUUGAUUUGACCAUGCUGAUGAAAUCGUCCGGCGAGAAGUUGUUCCCCAGCAGAAGUGCAACGAAGAGUAUCAUGCGUAGCGGCAAGUACGUAUCGUUGCUAGAACACUUCCAGCCGCUGCUGAGGGAUUGGAAGAGGGAAUUUGAGGCGUUGGGACUCCCGGAGCCGAUUCAGCAUAUUCUAACAAUGGAGUAUGAACAUGUCCGCUUCUAUAUCAAUUCUCUUGCCUUGCAGGCGGUUGUGGAUCGGUGCACGUACUACAACACCAAGGGCAUGAAUGGUACCGCCAAUAUGAACGGAGCAGCAAUGAACGGCAAUAGCAAUGGGUCCAACAAUUUUGCGGCAUUGAUGCAGCUGAGCAGCCAAGAUAUGGAGUUCAUCAAUGAAGUCGUGGAUGCAAGCCGGGCACUGCUCCGUUGCGUAGUAGAAAAGAUGCUGCCCGGCGGGUACCUUAAACACGCACCCGUCCGGAUCUACCUCCGGAUCCUCAGCGCAAGCAUGUUUCUACUCAAAACCUUCGCCCUUGGCGCCCCCGAAGAAGAAGUCGCCAUCUCCAUCACGCUGAUCGACCAGACGGUGCUGGCCCUCCGCAAUGCUUCCGUCGACGACGUCCACCUCGGCCUGCGCUUCGCCGACCUCCUCGAAACGCUCACAAAGCGGAUUAAGCUCCGCUUCGUGCGCAUGUCUCGUAGCCGCGCUGGCACCCCGGUGCCGCCCUACUCAACCAUGCCAUUGAAGGCCAGCCAGCUUGACAUGACGAUUCCGCGCACACCGGACGCGGACCCGAGUAUGGGGAUGCCACCGCCUCCAACGCCAACGGGGAUGGUGUAUGAGCCAGGUGUUAACUAUACGCAUGAGGGAUAUGCGGGAGGGGAGGUCCAGGAUGAUCCGAACUUCUUCUGCGGGUAUGAGGACUGGCUGGCGCUGCCGAUUGAUCCGAUUGUUGGUGCGGGGUUCAAUGGCGUUACGCAGAGCCAGAUGGGGCCGGAUGUUGGUGGGGUGGAUUUGUUGGAGUUGUUGUUGGGCGGUGGUGGGAGUGCGUGA